UGCGCCUGCGCAGUGCGUUCAGCUUGUAACAAACGGAGCCAAGAUGGAGGUGUUUGUUGUUGCUCCGAGCUUCAGGUGCUCAAGCUUCGAGUUUCCACCUGGUUCUGUUGUCAGAGACGUUCUGGAACGGUUCAUCCCGCACCAGGACUGGUAUGUCACCACUAACGGCCGUCUGUCUGGGCUGGAGGAGCGGCUGCAGGAUGGGGCCGUCUACCGCCUGGAGCCCCGGCUCUGUGGAGGGAAGGGAGGUUUUGGCUCCAUGCUCCGGGCUUUGGGAGCGCAGAUCGAGAAGACGACCAACAGAGAGGCCUGCAGGGAUCUGAGCGGCCGCCGCCUUCGAGACGUCAACCAUGAGAAGGAGAUGGCGGACUGGCUGAAGAAGCAGUCGGAGCGCGAGGCGGAGAAGGAGCAGCGGCGGCUGGAGCGUCUGCAGAGGAAGCUGUCGGAGCCGCGGCAUCAGUUCGCCGACCCGCAGUACCAGCAGCAGUGCCACGACCUGAGCGAGCGUCUGGAGGACUCGGUUCUGAAAGGCCUGCAGGCGACCUCCAGCGGUCAGGUGAAGGUCGGAGCCGACCCGGAUCAGAACCGAGCCCCUGCGAGGAAGAGGAGGAAGACUGCAGCGGCGGCCGGGUUCUGGACGGGUCUGGACGAGCUGCUGAGCUCUGAGGAUGAUGAAGAUGAUGAGUCUCCGUGCAGCGGAGGCGCUGUUACCAUGACAACCCAGAGGGAGGAGGCGGAGCCUGGACCCAGCAGCAGCACCGCUCCAACCGCCAGAACCUCAGAGGUCCAGAACCCCGGGCUCCCGACGGAACCGGCUGUUGGACCGUCAGGGGACCAGAACCCUCCUCAGGGCUGCAAAGAACCGGCCCAGGUCCAGAACCACGGGCUCCCGACGGAACCGGCCCAGGUCCAGAACCCCGGGCUCCCAACGGAACCGGCUGUUGGACCGUCAGGGGACCAGAACCCUCCUCAGGGCUGCAGAGAACUGGCCCAGGUCAAGAACCCCGGGCUCCCGAUGGAACCGGCCCAGGUCCAGAACCACGGGCUCCCGACGGAACCGGCCCAGGUCCAGAACCCCGGGCUCCCGACGGAACCGGCUGUUGGACCGUCAGGGGACCAGAACCCUCCUCAGGGCUGCAGGGAACCGGAUCAGCAGUUGGACCUGUCCUCGGUGCCAUCCGUCCAGCAGCUGGAGUCUCUGGGUCUGGAGGUUCUGAAGGAGGAACUGAUGCGCCGCGGCCUGAAGUGCGGGGGAACGCUGUCGGAGCGCGCCGCCCGCCUCUACUCCGUCAGAGGCCUGAGUCCAGACCGGAUCGACCCGGCACUGCUCGCCAGAACCAGGAGGAAGUAGACCCAGCUGGGAACUUCCUGUCUGGAAUGAAGCUUCCGGGUCUGGAUGUUGGAAUCGUUUAUUUGAACAUGUGAAUCGAUGAUCAGAUUUUGUUUUUAUGAAAUAUUAAUAAAAUGUUUCAGAACCAAA